AUGAACAAAAUGAGGGUGAAGUUGGCAACACAACUCUUCAGCCACAGCUUUGCCGUGGCAGCGGAUCAUCUCACUACCAGGGGUGAUGUGCCGGAAGAAUGCAAAAAUUUAAUAGACAUUACACUUUUAUUAGAUAAUAUUUUUGACAGCUUAAAUGUAAGCUCUUUUCACGUGCCAAAUGGCAAAAAGUAUAAAGUACGUUGCGUCAUCGUGCGCGAUGUUUCAACGGAUCGACGGACGAGAGACGAAGCGGGAGGGAGGGUGAUGCGCUGCGUUGUCGAAGCGCCCGCUGCGACGACGGACAGUGAUCCAGAGGAGGAAGCUAGACGAGCGUAA